AUAUUAUAGAAUAUAUUUUAAAGAAAAAUAAUAGUACAUAUUCAAUUUUUAAAUCUACCUGCUUUUUUUUAUAGGUUUUGAUUAGGGAACUGUAUCGAUAAAAAGGCCGAUACAUUUAAUUGGAAACGAACGCCUUGGAACUAUGAAAACUGCAUUAACAGUUCUCAUAGAGAACAUCAUAAACAAAAUUUUAAGAAUUUUUAGGGCUUGUAUAAAUAUCCUUUUUAUCUCUUUUAAUAUAAUAAAAAAAAUAAAAUAUGAAAUAAAAGAAUUACUUAUUAAUGAUGUAUUCAAUAUAAUCAGUUACAUAUCAUUAUAUUUGACAAUAACAAAAUUCGUUAUAUUUAGCAGUAUUAAAUUCUUCGCGCGCGCGCACGUGUCUGUGUAUAAUAAUCAGCUUAAAAUAUUCAGACAAUAAAUUAUAUUUUAAAGUAAAGAAUAAUGAGUUUAAUAAUAAAUUUGAUUACAGUAGAAAAAAAAACGAGAUUAUUCGUAGCUUUAUUUGUCAUUAACAUAUAAAAAAUUUUGCGAGGUAAAAUAUAACGUAUUACAUUUGGACUUUUUUUACAAAACGUAAUAAUUCUAAGAACAUACUACAAUACUAUUAAUACUAUAAUACUAAUAUGCACCCAAGUAUGACGGAGGAAACACCUGUCACAGCAACCAAUGUUUAUGUUUUAGCGCAGUACUCUUUAAGACCUUUGGAUUAUCAGAAAUGUUACCAUUCCUCAUAAAUAUAAAAAUUAUAACAGUGCGUUAGUAUAUCGUUAAAAAAACAGCGUUUUCAUUGUUAACCGACAAAUUAAUUAUUUUAUAAAUCUAGUGAAAAUCAGUUAAAUAUAUUUCAUCGAACACGAUGUUAGAAACACGUUCUGCCGUAUUUAAAAUAAUGAAAACUAACGCUCACGAGGAACGACAGAUUAAAAAAUGGCCACCCCCAUUUUCUUCUGCGAUAACUCCUUAUUAUGAAAGAGAUUUUGACGAUGUCGUUAAACGAACUUGUGCAGAAAAAUCUCUUACCCUUCGAAUAUCGAAGGUGAUCGUUAUCGGGGACGUAGCAGUCGGGAAAACGUCAUUAGUAAAUCGAUUUUGUCACAAACUCUUUGAUAAUAACUACAAAGCGACUAUCGGAGUAGAUUUCGAAGUCGAAAGGUUCGAUCUUCUUGGCGUACCAUUUCACUUGCAGAUAUGGGAUACGGCUGGACAAGAACGUUUCAAAUGUAUCGCUGCUUCUUAUUAUCGAGCGGCUAAUGCGAUAAUAAUUGUCUUUGAUGUGGGAAAUCUAAUGACUUUGGUACAUUGUCAACAAUGGCUAAUGGAAGCAUAUAAAAGCAACACUAAUCCUUGUCAUGUUUUUCUAGUCGGUACGAAAAGAGAUUUACUGUCGAAUCAAGUAUACAAGGUAAUCGAAAAUCGAGCAAUAGAUGUAGCAGAACGAAUGAGAGCCGAAUAUUGGACAGUUUCAGCAAGAACAGGAGACGGAGUGGCAGAAUUAUUUGCAAGGGUCGCUAGUUUAUGCUUUAAUGCGAUGGUUUUACGAGAAUUAGAAAUUAACGAAACAGUACCAAUGAAUAUCGGCUCGGAUCUAAUAACAUUGAAGAAUAAAUCUAAGGAAAACGGAGAAAAAAAGAAAAAGAUUGUUCCGAAAUGUUUUGAUUGUUCCAUAUAAAUAUAUUAAUCUCCAAGAAUUACAAAUGAUUGGUGAAAUACAUUAUAUGUUAUAAAAUAUUACGAAUUAUCAAGUA